AUGUCGUCAAAUUAUACCUUUGGCAAUACAAACAAAGUGCAUAGACAGGGGACCUUGAAUCAUUAUGUGCUAUUAAAAGUCGUCAAGCAUUUCUUACCAGAAAUCACGGAUGAAAAUAAUCCCAGCUACUCAUUGGUGGCAAACCCUGUCUGGAAACGUUUCUAUGAUUAUCGUUCAGUAGUCCAGGCUUGGAAUGGAAUUGAGCGAAGCUUCUACGAGGAGGUCAAGGAAAAUAAUUUGAAAGGUAAUUGGAUUAAAAAAGUUCAAUGUCAAAACGAGACUCCUUUGGAACCUGAUUUAGUGAUAUAUUAUAUUCCGAACAUUUUAAUCUUGUCAAGCACUCCGCAUUUUUAUUCUGAAUAUUUGACUACAUUGCACUCGCUACUGUUAUUGCAGGGAUUCAAAAAUCCGCUAAUAUUUGUUCCCCAAUUGAAAAAUGUGCAUAAAUGUGAACUAUCAGAUCACCUAUUCACAGUAAUACAAAAUUGGCAAGAAAUUACCACCAGAUAUAAAAAUGCCAAGUGGAUAAUUGCAGGAGAUUCGGCUGGAGCAAGCCUUGCCCUCAGCUUUUUACUUUUCAGAAUUGAGCCGGACUAUAACAUUUUUAAAAAAGAGGCGGAAUGCAUCGAAGGAAACGAGGACAUUGAACACAAAUUCCAAGAAAUCAAUAAGCCGAUAAACAAACCCUUUGGUGUGUUAUUGAUAUCACCUUUAUUAAAAUAUAAAGGAAUUUCGAAAAGAAUAUCUGAAGACAUAUGUCCUGACUUCUUGACUACAGAUUUCAUUAACCGGAUCUCGCAACGUUUCAUACCUUCACAUCUUCCAGAACUAAGUAUCAUUCACAGUCCUGGAUUUUGCAAUAAUCCUAACACCUGGGAAAAAUGCUUUCCUGAGAAAGGUAUCAUUCUGACUUGGGGAGCUGAAGAGCUUCUGCGUGAUGAAAUCGAGGAUUUUGGCAACACUUUGGCAAUGGCCGGUAGCACCAAGUUGUGGAAAAUGAAAGGCGGCAUUCACUCAUGGCCUUUCGCUUCUUUCCUCACGGAAGAGGCCCAAGACGAAAAAGAAGAUAGCUGUUUCGUCCUCGCAGGAGUUAUUUCUCGGAUGACGUUAUGGCACACGACGUAUUAUCUUGAUCCUGAAAAGUCCAAUGAGCCAAUGAAUUUGCUUACAAUUGACGACAACCAUCUUUGA